CUUUUUAGAUCGACAUAUCCUCGCUCUGUGGUUGAUUUGAUGACGUAAUCCCCUUUAUAACGGGGAUAUCUCUCCGGUUUGGUGACGUGACUUCUGACUGUCGGCUGACGAGAAAACACUAUAUCCCGCGCUCUGCAAGCCAGUAAGCCAGCCAGACUGCCACUUGCCCGGGGCAAUAGAAACAAAUAUUUUCGCUAUGAUUUAAUAUUUACCUGCCUUCGAUUGGAUUGGUGGAUGGGGAAUGAAUCCUAAUCAAGAUGUCGACACCGAGAGAGCAAGGAACACUUACUGAAUUAUGAGCGUAUUUAGAGGCAAAGAUUAUUGGCAACGCUUACACAGCGACUAGCUUGCUUACUUGCUACAAUCAGAGAGAUUUUGUUUAUAGCAGUGCUUGACUUGAGACACUACAAGUUAGAAGGAGGUCGGACUUUUGUUGACAUUUUACCGGCAUUUUGAUUCGGCAGCAACCUGCAGACUGAAGUUUCAAAGUGCAUGCUCUCUUCCGUGUUAUGAGUCUGUGCAUUGGAGUAUGUAGAAAGCGGGGAGGAAUAAAUAGAAGUAAAGCUGACAGCGACUGGACGCUUUGGCAGAUAAUAAAGGAUUUACGAGGGACAAAGAACGUAAAAUCAGUGUUUGAAUUGAACAAGAUUCCGUUGAAUGGAAUGCGCCUGCUGUUGCUCUCUUUUGUUGGUGUUUGUCAAAACCGUCGCGAGCUAUGAAUGCUCAAGACACGUCAAAGCACUCGACGGGGAUUGCGAGUGUACGCGGCGGCGGAGGUCGGAAGGCGAUCGCAGGGUGGGAACACAUGGGCGAGAUUGCCGCCGUGUUUGAAAGUAGUGUCGAGCUGACGUCAAGUAUAACGCCUCGGACUACGAUGAGUGUGCCGAGCGUCGGUGAACACCAAGGAGACGCGCACAAGCAACGGGGCUACCCUGGUUCAACACGGGGUAAAAAUGGGGACAUGAACCCGCUGUCAGAGUGUGAGACAGAAGCUGAGCCAACUAUCUUGUCUAGUUACCGAGUAAAUGAUAAUAACAAUGCAGGGACUACACAUCAACGGACAAGUGGAUCAAAUUAUGAAGGAAUUGUUCGUUCGGCCUCGGUGGUUGAGGAAAGGAAAGUAAGAUCUAAAGACACCUCGACGACCUUCACAAUGACCUCGUCAAGUACACAUGCUAUGGAUUUAUUUACAUCGACGCCCCGUCCACGAACUCAAAACGCCCCCAUGGCUUUGGAUAUUCCUGAUUUCAUGCCAGCUGUGUUCGAACCAGAGACGAAUGGGGGAGGGGCGCUGGACGGAUAUGAAGGCGAUGAUCUGAUAUUACGAGCACGGGAAGCGGAGUUUACGGCCACCUUGCAACCACGAGCGUUCGACGCCUCCAUUUAUGCGACUUACACGGAUCUAUCCUCAUUAGGGGCGCUGGGGGAGAUCGAUGACUAUGACGUAACGUAUUUCGACGACGAGGAAGAGGGCGAUCAGAGGAUCGAGAAUGGCGGAGACGAGGUGCCUGUGAACGGGUCGAUUGGGUCAAAGGAAAGUAGUGAAAGGGGCUCGAGGAUAGGCUUGGACCCACGACCUACCGAUUCGAAACACCUUAAUAAAUCCCUUGAAUCAAUAUUAAGUGAAAUUAGAAAGAGUGAGAAUGGGGACGGGGGUUAUGGCAGUGGGCUUGAACAAAAUGUGGAAAGAAGUCGGAGUAUGGAAAACAUUCGCUUACAUUUAGGCUUUGUUAGUCCGUCAAUAGACGAUGGUAAGAGGAAUAGUUUACCUGACAAUCAGUCGACCAGUAUACCGGAUCGUGUUCACGAUAAAGAAACGGAGCCUGACAGACUGACGGGGGUAUUAUUGACUCUGAGACCCGAAUCGACCGGCGAAGAAUCGCGGGUAUGUAAUCCGAAGGGGGAGCGAGUCAUCGACGGUGAAAAUGCUAAUGUGGAAACCGCUAUUACUGCUUCGCCUGCCAGUGAGACACACAGCCAGCAAACAGGCGAUGCAUUGGCGCUCUCUACGUUGCACACACAACGCUUGGCUAAUAUUCACGUGAACUCGGAUAAUUAUUAUGAUGAGGAUGUCAGCGGCACGCGAAGCUGUGCUCCUAUGGAGGAUGUAAUAAGGACUGUAGACACGGAGUAUACUAGUAAGGGUCUACACAUUGCCUCGGAUAAAAGCAACCUCUCUGAACAACCUCAGAAACAAGGAUCUAAUACAGAAGGAGGAGUAAAGCAAGAUGACGUUGUAGCUGAGGUUGAGAGUGGUUGCACUACGGAAAACAUGGAGAAGAAAGUGGCAGGGGAUGGAGCUGCGAGCGCUGGAAUGGCGGAGGUGGAGAGCUUACGAAAAGAGAUACGCGCUUGGGAGGAAAAAUAUGGCGCCUUAGAGAAACGUGUGCGUUCUAUGGAUGAUAGUGGAAGUACUCAAUGUUUACCAAUGGAUCCCGAUCUGGAGAAGCUAAGCUUGUCUGAACUGCAGGCAAGGGUCACGGCUGCUGAAACCAUGAUUGGGGAUCUUAGGGAGCAAAUUGAUUGCUACAAGGAGGAGAUUGAGGAUCUCCAGCUGGAGCUAGAGGAGGCUGCUGAUAGGGUAAGGGAGGGGGACCUUGAGGAGUACCGUGACCUCAAGCAUGAGCUGGAUCAGGUAACCAAAGAAUGGAGGAUCCUGCAGUACAGAUUAAGAAAAGCCGAUCGGAGGGUGGAGCAGGCGGACCAGGAGCGCCUGGAGUGGGAGGAGAAAUGUCAAAUUUUAAUGAUGCAGAUGGAUGAAAUGCAGAAACAACAUAUGAGGCAUGUGGGGGAAUCGGGAGGGGCGGGUGGGUUGGGCAGUGGUGGUGGUGGUACUACCACGACAGGUGGUGGAGGGGGAGGGUCUAGUGAAAGGGUCUCCUCAACGGGAGGGAGCGGUUCCGAGGAGGAGGAGAAAACCGUCGAUAAGGAGAUCCUAGGGCUCAAACAAGAACUUAAAAUUGCCAAAGAUGUAUCCAUUCGGCUCCACCAGGAGCUGGAGAUGGUGGAGGAGAAACGGGCCAGGACUGAGGAGGAGAACCAGCUCCUGAGAAAGAAACUCGUCGACUCGGAGACGACACGAAAGGAAUUUAAACGUGAGCUGGAAAAGACACGCCUAGAGGUAAGUUCUACCAAUCAACUGCAUAUACCAUUCAUUGACUAAUCAGUAUAGUGUGUUUAUGUAUAGCAUAAUUAUGAUCGUUCUGUCUUUCACACAUUCUGGAUUGCAAUUACCGUAUAAAUCGAUACGUUUGACAAAAUACUACACCACCGUUGUGCAGUGUGUACCAACAUACUCAUCAUACCUUUUUAUGCGAUAGGAAUAUUCAGGGCAAAUAUGUCAAUCAAUACAUUGAAAUGAAUCAUACUUCCAUGAUUUAUAUGACAACAGCCUGUCCAUCAGUUAUCAUGCACGAAUAUGAUGUACAAGUGAUUCGUAUGGGAAUCUAUACAAGCGUUAUGAAAUGCAUUCAUGUUAAAAAUUGACAGUUAAUAAGGAGUGUCUUCAGAAAGGGCUGCACUAACAUACAGGUUGUAUGACUGACAAGGUCAGGGGUCAGCUGAACUUUAUUUCAAUCCUCAUUGUUGAUGAGUAAUGUGUUUACAUUGAAUGUCACGCUUCCAUCACAAAAGACUGUCUAUUGUGUUGUUCAAUUCCCAUGUCCCAUCUACUCAAGAUUGUGUGUGUAUUUUUUCCUUCUUCAUUUGGACUCUUGGUGGUUCUGCAAAGAGACUCCAAACUCCCAUGUAUAAAAGCAGUUUCACACCUACAAUUACACACAAGAAUGCUUCUAUUGAUACAGGGCAGGAAUAUGUGUUCCAAUUACAAUUCGAGAGAACCGUUUCCCCUCUAUUCCAUAGUUCUGCUAUUGGUUUGCACUGAUUCCGUGACUCCAUAGAAUACGAACAGACAUCGAUAUACAUUCAUAUUAUUGUAUUAUAAUUAUCACAAAAACAGUACAUGUUAUUUGGCGCACUUUAAUUGAUCAGAAGUUUAGUGGGUUUUAUCUGGUCGUACCAGCAUGUUCAUAAUUAUAUUUGUUAGAAGAGGAAAAUUGGCCCUGGUGCCCAGUUUGAUGACAAAUAACAGCAUAAACACCAAAAUAGUCACGUCAUAGCAAUUAGCAACUUUGAUCAUGAAUAGUUCUGCAGGUGAAAAGGUUUAAUAGUCUGGCACACGCUAGCAGCUAGUCCAUAUGUUUCUAUAUCAAAAAUUCAUCCAUUAUUUGACAUUAAUCCUUUAAUUUGGCCAAGCGACAAGAAAGAAAUCUCUAUCAGUUUAAAAUUAAAUGUACUCAUUUAGAAUGGUUAGCCUUUUUUGUCAUGUUUAUAGUAAUUUCUCUCCUUUCACAUUAUGUUCAUGGAUAUACAUGUAUUUAUGUUUAUAGUCUUCAGGCUGUGUACCUCUUGACUCCGUGCACAUUAGCACAAGUUUGUGAGUGAUCAGAAAAGCGAUCACGGUAGAUCAUUUCUUAAUCACUUUUCCAUCCACGCUUAUUAGUAAUUUGAUUACACAACAUCCAAUGGCUGUACAUCCCUC